AUGGAGAACAAAACAGACAACAUAACAACACCAGCCGUGGCAGCAGUAGGCAACAACACCGAACCACCCAAGAUCUCAAACCCUUUGGUCACUGAGAAAAGAGACUACGAUGGUGCUGUACAAGCUCUAUUCUCUUUACAGUCAAAUGGUGCCACCAUCGUUGACUGGGCAAAUAAGAGAAAGAUGAAUAAGAUCGAUACUACCAAGGCAUUGAUGGACGAAAUGGCUUCAUUCUGUCAAAUGCUAGACAUUGAUAUGGAUAUGAAGAACGUGAUACACGUUGCAGGUACCAAGGGUAAAGGUUCAACCUGUGCUACGAUAGAGUCCAUUAUCAGACACCAAGGAUUCACCACUGGACUUUUCACCUCGCCACACCUGAUAUCCAUCAGAGAGCGUAUAAAGAUCAACGGUGAGUUUGUUGAUAAGGACCUAUUCUCCAGACAUGUUUGGUAUUGUUUUGACAUGUUUGAAAGAAACAAGUUGAGUCCACCUCCUUACUUCAAGUUCCUGACUCUGGUGGCGUUGCGUAUCUUCCAAGAUCUCAACAUUGAAUGCACUAUUCUGGAGGUUGGAAUCGGUGGUCGUGCAGACGCUACCAAUAUCAUUCACCAUCCCUCUGUGACCGGUAUCACCUCUCUUGGAUUUGAUCAUAUGAAUGUGUUGGGUGACACAUUGCCAGAGAUCGCAGCAGAGAAGGCUGGUAUCAUCAAGACUGGUUGUCCAAUCUUUACUGUCAACAGUCAGAGGUCAGAUGCAAUGGAAGUCAUCAAGAACAAUGCAACUGAAGUUGAUGCACCAUUGAUCAUUGUACCAAGAUUGGAUCAAUAUGAUCAAGUCGUUGAGGUUGGAUUGGAAGGUGAUCACCAGAAGGAGAAUGCUGCACUAGCCAUUGCCAUGUCAAAUUGUUGGAUUAUGAGCAAUCAGUCAAUAUCAAAUGACAAACGACAAUCAAUUUUCAACAACAACCUGUGGAGCCAGUACAACCCAAAGGACAAUAACUAUAGCACAAGCUAUUUCCCAUCCUCUCCUCUCACAUUCAAAGAGGGUCUGCGCAGUGUUCAAUGGCCUGGCCGAGCACAACACAUUGUAAAUCCAUUGGACAUUCCCAACUUGGACCUCUAUCUGGAUGGUGCACAUACACCAGAGAGCUCAAUCAUAUGUCUUAAUUGGUGGCGCUCAAAAGUGGCGUCAAGCACACCUGACAAGGAUAUAUUGGUGUUCACAUUCAACAGCACUGGAGGAAGGAAUCCAACAACAUUCCUUCAGCCCUAUGCCGAUGCCAUCAACAAAAGAGAGAUGCCUCCUUUCCUCUAUGGUGUGUUCCCUGCCAUUAUAUUGGAUGGCGGUCCAACCAAGACCUCCAACUCUCACAUCUCCAACAACUAUGAAGAUCAGAAACAGACGUGGGAGCAGAACCUGGCGAUUAUUUUCUCAGGUCUCUGUAAGAUGGACGCUGACCAUCUCAUCCCAUGCUCUAGCAUUGACGAGGGUGCUCAGAAGAUUAAGGAUUUGGCAGCUCAACACCCAGAUAAGAGAAUCAAGGUUCUGGCAACAGGUUCACUUUAUCUCGUGGUUCCC